AUGUACACCAAGACUCUUUCUCUAGUCACCAGCAUAGACCUUUCUGGAAACAACUUAUCUGGAAGAUUUCCCCAUGACAUGACAAAACUAUCUGGUCUAAUGUAUUUGAACCUGUCAAGAAAUCACAUAACUGGCAGCAUUCCUGACAGCAUAUCAAAUAUGCGCCAACUUUCAUCACUUGAUCUCUCAUGCAAUCAACUUACUGGUUCUAUUCCUCAAAACUUGCCUUCCUUGUCAUUUUUGGGCUACUUGAAUUUGUCUUACAACAACCUUUCAGGUGACAUACCUUAUACAGGUCAAAUAACAACUUUUGAGGCAUCUUCAUUUGCUGGAAAUCCUGGUCUUUAUGGUUGUCCCCUUCCUGUGAGGUGCCUACGUAAUAAUGAUCAUCCUGGUUAUGGUUCUGAUAAUGACGCAAGUAAUGACGAAACAAAUGAUGGUGAUGCUGAAGGGUUCAUUGAUAAGUGGUUUUACUUGAGUCUUGGUGUGGGGUUUACAGCUGGGCUUUUGGUACCCUUUCUCAUAUUAGUGAUGAAGAGAACUUGGAGUGAUGUUUACUUUGAUUUUGUGGAAGAUGUUAUUGUCAGAUUUCUUGUGUUGAUGCAUAAAAGAAGACUCAAGAAUCAUGGGCGCGAGAUCAAGCCUAAUCACAAACAUGGCCUGUCUCUUCGACAUCUUCACGGGGAAGAAGCUUUCUCGAGAGAUUAG